GCAUAUUCGGUUGCUUGAAUCUAUCCCCAAAUCGGUUUCUUUACGUAGGAGAGACGACGGUAAGAUGAUGGAUCCCGGAGCCGGCCCCACCACAGCAACCCCCAGCACCGACGCUCCCUCGUCAGCCGGUUCGCUGCAUUCAACGGACACACCUGCAGCAGCCGUGCAACGGUGGGGUUUUGUGGUGUCACAACGCUUCCAACAUUUGCUCGACAAGUCAACGCCGUUCUUGCUCUACCGGUGGAUCGUUUUCUUUGCCAUGGCGUUCAUCUAUGGCGUCCGCGUGUUUUUUGUGCAAGGGUUUUACGUGGUCUCGUACGCACUCGGGAUAUACAUCCUUAAUCUGCUCAUAGGGUUUCUAUCUCCUCAGGUUGAUCCGGAAUUCCAAGACCUUUCCGAUGGCCCUACUCUUCCCUCUCGGAGCUCCGAUGAGUUCCGCCCUUUUGUUCGUCGUCUUCCCGAGUUUAAGUUUUGGUACUCGAUAACGAAAGCCUUCUGCAUUGCUUUUGUUUUGACAUUCUUCAGUGCAUUUGACGUGCCUGUUUUUUGGCCUAUACUCCUUUUUUACUGGGUCAUCUUAUUCGCUCUUACCAUGAAGAAACAAAUACUGCAUAUGGUCAAAUACAAAUACGUCCCAUUUUCGUUUGGAAAACAGACUUACAAUGGAAAGCGGGGGGCAACAUCAACCGAGAGUGCAAGUCUUCUUCCUAGAGACUGAAAGAUGUUAAAACAGUUUUAUAGAUUUUGUUUCCUGUACUACCCCUGAAAGAAGUUAGACUUGACUUUUAAUGGUUUGUUUUAUGUAGGAGAUCAUUUCGUACAGGUUUUUAGUAGUCGUAAGUUUAAUGUUAUAGACAAAUGAAGCUUAAGUCUUUUUAAAGAGCUAUCAUAGUUGUGGAUCUAUUAAACAUGUGGGGAAAAUGAGGAUCUUAUGACAUUAUGGGAUUAUAUCUGUUUGACAUAACAAGUUGUACUGUGUUUGAC